AUGGAACACGAGGCAAAAGAACUGGAAAAAAAAGCAGAGGCGUUAAGUAAGAAGGACUUUUUCUCUUCCUUUUUUGGAACAGAUAAUACCGAUGAAGUUAUAAAUUGCUAUAACAUGGCAGCAAACCAAUACAAGCUUGCUCAUAAAUGGAAAGAAGCAGCUUCUUGCAUUUUGAAAAAUGCUGCACUAUACAAAAAGAAUAGUGAGACCAGCUAUUGUGCCAACGCAUAUUUAGAGGCAGGAAACAUAACAAAAAAAUAUGAUAAACUAGAGGCUAUAAAAUAUAUUGAAGAGGCUGUCAAAAUGUAUGCAACAAUUGGAAGAUUUUCAAAUUGUGGAAAAUGUGAAAAGAAUAUUGCAGAAAUAUAUGAAGAUUUGUUCGAUUAUAAUAGUGCAUCAUCAUAUUAUAAAAAGGCUGCCUAUUAUUUUGAAAUGGAUGAAUAUUCAAAGUCGGUGUACACACAAUGCAUUGUCAAGUAUGCCGAGUUAAGUGCCCAAUAUAAUCACCAAUAUGAAGAUGCUAUAUCGAUAUUCGAAAACGAAGCUGAAAAGGCGCUAAAAAAUUCUUUGCUACAGUAUGGAGCCCGUGAUUAUUAUAUAAAGGCAGGGAUACUUCACAUAGUUAUAGGAGAUAUUGUAAAUGCAAGAAUAUCAAUUGAUAAGUAUUCCUCAAAUGAUCCACGAUUUGCAAGUUCCAGAGAAAAGAAAUUUUUAGAUAAUAUUAUUGAUGCUAUUACAGAACAAAAUAUCGAAUAUUUUGAAGAAAUUGUACAUGAAUAUGAUAGAGUAACAAAAUUAGAUAAUUGGAAAGUAUAUUUUCUUUAUAAUAUUAAAUCGAAAUUAAAUGUUGAAGGAAAUGUUGAGUUAACACCUGAUGGUGGUGUAGAUUUAACAUAA